AUGGAUACUAAGGAAACCAGUCCUGCUGAAUUUGCAACCUCUGUGUUUUCCAAUGUCGCUGCCAAUAUCACUACAAAUGCUCUGAAAAAAUUGGCAGGGAAAUUGGGAAAACCUAUUUUCGGUUUUGAUGAAAUUAUUGAAGAUUUCAAUGCAAAGAGGGAACAACUUAUACUUGCAAUCGAUAAGGUACAGAAUGACGUGAAUGAAGCCGAAAGGCAAACUGAGGUAAUUAAUCAUGACGUUGAGGAAUGGCUAACGAAGGCAAGACAAGAACUGAAAGAUGUGCAGAAUUUGUCAGAUAAAAUAGAAAGUAACAAGCGUUCCAAAUGGCUGUCUGGUAUGAGCUGGAGAUCCUCUUUAAGUAAGGAAGUAGAGAAGAAGACACUUGAUAUCUCUAAGCUUUUAGAGACUUGUAACUUUUCACGAGUCGGCCAGCGUCCUCCUCUUCAAGGAAUAGAGUUCAUAGUACCCAAGGAUUUCAUGCGUUCCGAAUCUUCAAUGUUAGCUUUCAGUGGGAUUAUGGAGGCUUUAAAAAGUGAUGGUGUGAACAUGAUUGGAUUGCAUGGAAUGCCAGGAGUGGGUAAAACAACUUUGGCGGAAGUAGUGGGGAAGCAAGCUACGGAACAAAAGCUCUUUGAUAAAGUUGUGAUUGUUACAGUGUCCCAAACUCCGAACUUCAACAAAAUUCAAGACAGAAUUGCCGAAAUCUUACAUUUUAACUUUAAAGCAAGUACAGAAAAAGGAAAAGCAGAAGAGUUAUGGCGGAGAUUAAAAAGUGAGAAGAAGAUUCUCAUAAUUCUCGAUGAUGUUUGGAAAGAACUUGAAUUGCAAAUUAUAGGAAUUCCAUUCGGUGGUGAACACGAGGGUUGCAAAAUUCUUUUAACUACACGUGAUCAACAAGUUUGUUGUAAAAUGGAUUGUGAAGAGGAAUUUAAGCUGAACAUUUUAUCUGAACAUGAAGCAUGGGUUUUAUUCAAAGACAAAGCUGGUCUGAAAGAUGACUCUCCCACCUUGAAUGUAGCGAAGGAGGUUGCUCCUGAAUGUGGCUGUUUGCCUCUUGCAAUUGUAACUGUGGCAAAGGCUCUAAAAGGUGAAAGUCUAGAUGCGUGGAUAGCAGCAAAUAAACGACUCAAGAGCUCAAGGCAUUUGGAUAAUCAACAUGUUUGUGGAGGUAUUUAUACAUGCCUUGAGCUUAGUUAUGAUUAUUUGGAUCAAGAUAAUAUCAAGCAAUGUUUCUUGUUGUGUGCCCUUUUUCCGGAAGAUUAUGAGAUUAGUAUUGAAUUGUUGACUAUAUGUGGAAUUGGUCAGGGAUUGUUUAAUAAUAAUUACUUCAUGGAAGACUUAAGGAGGGAAAUUCAUCUAGCACUGUCAAAACUCCAAAAGUCUGGUUUAUUAUUGGAAGCUAAUGAUAAAGAACAUAUAAAAAUGCAUGAUGUGGUUCGUGAUUUUGCUCAUUGGAUAACAUCGAGAGGGGAAAACAUAUUCAUGGUAAAAGAUUGGUUGACGGAAUGGCCUAUGAGUGAAAGGUUUGGAUGUUAUACGGCAAUCUCCUUAUGGAACAUUGAGAUCAAUCAUCUUCCUAACAAAGUGAAAUUUUCAAAACUCAAGACUUUGUUUCUCACAGGAAACAAUUCACUGAGAGUUUCGUGUGCAUUUUUUGAAAGAAUGACAACCCUCCAAGUUUUACUUCUUCAAGAUGUGGUACUCGCACUCAAAGCACUUCAAUUCUUGACAAACCUUCGAACUCUGUGCAUUAUAAAUUGUGAGCUUGAGAACAUCUCAUCAUUGAGGAAUCUGGAAAACCUUGAGAUUUUUGCAUUGCUGGAGACUAAUAUUUAUGAGCUACCAGAAGAAUUAGUGGGAUUGCAUAAACUAAAAUCACUAUAUUUUUCUUACGAUGAAGGGCCAUACUGUUAUUUCCCCCCUAACUUGCUACCAAGGUUGACCUCACUCCAAGAGCUACACAUGACAAGUGAUAACAAUGCUAACUUAUUGGAGCUGAAUUCAUUGACUGGUUUGACUGGAUUAGCACUGACAGUUUCUACUAAUCAAUGUUCUCAAGAAAACUUUGUGUUCCCUAAACUACAAAGCUACAAUAUAGCUGUAAGUGAAUAUUAUGAAGGUAUCGAAGUUUUGGAGGGGCUGAGCUUGAGAACCUUGAGAAUUAAGGAUUUCUCAUCCUCAUUAAAUGCAUUCAAGGAGCUAUUUUGCAAUGUGGAGAAGCUUACUUUGUCCAAGGUCACCAUGGAACACAAAAAUAUUGUCCCAAAUGUAGAUCAGCGCGGACUAAAGGAAUUAACUUCUCUUGAGCUUGUAUAUUGUGAAAAUCUAGAAUGCUUGUUCGAUACAACACGAGAACAAAGUCCAACCACUGCAUUCUCUAAUUUAAGAAGUUUGGAGCUGACGUCAUUGCCAGCAUUAGAGAAUAUAUGGAAAGAGCCAACUCAUCAUGUAAGGUUACAAAGUCUGAAGGAAGUAACAAUUCAUGGUUGUGAUAAACUGAAAUCUAUCUUCUCACCUUGCCUUGCUCAAAGUCUGUUGCAUCUAGAAACACUUAAUAUAUCUGAAUGCGAAAAAUUAAAGCAAGUCUUUGCUUUUGACAAAGAAAUGGUAGACCUAGAGGUACCUCUUAUCUCUCCAUUUUUCGAAAAUCAGGUACAACCAUUGUCAAAUUUAACUUAUUUGGAGCUUACGUCAUUGCCAACAUUGAAGAGUUUAUGGAAAGAGCCAACUCAUCAUGUAAGCCUACAAAGUCUAAAGGAAGUAAUAGUUUAUGGUUGUGAUAAAUUGAAAUCUAUCUUUUCACCUUGCCUUGCUCAAAGUCUGUUGCAUCUAGAGAAGUGUGAGAUAUCUGAAUGCGAAAAAUUAAAGCAAGUCUUUGCUUUUGAUAAAGAAAUGACUGAGCUAGAGGUAAAUCAGGCAGUACCACUCUCAAAUUUAAGAAGGUUGAAGCUACGGUUAUUACCAGCAUUAGAGAGCAUAUGGAAAGGGCCAGCUCAUUGUGCCAUUGGACUCCCUUGCCUACAAGAUUUUCAACUUGUAAACUUGAUAAAUUUGAGUUCAGAAAACUUUCUCAUCUCAUCACCAUCCUUGGAGAAGUUGAAAGUUUGCAACUGUCCUAAAUUGAGAAAUUUCACUAUUCAAAAAGAAGUUAAUGAGCAAAUUCAGCUAGAGGAAUUAUAUCUCUCUGAGUUGGUAAAUAGCUUUCAAUUGCGUAUUUCAGCCAACUGCAAUCAAGAAUAUAUAGCAGUUGGGAGUCAUGAAGAAGUAUUCCAAGUUCAUGGGCGUAUAAAGGAACUCCACCUGGAGGACUUAUCUGAAGAGCAGAUUAUAUGGAAGGAUGUCGCUCAAGUUGUAACUCUUGAAAACCUUACAAUUCUGGAGGUGAUUGAUUGCAAGAGGCUAAGAUACAUAUUUUCACCUACAAUUGCUCGAAGUUUAUCACGGUUGGUCAACCUAGAAAUACAAAAUUGUGAUGAAUUGGACCAAAUCAUUGCUGAGGAUCAAGUUUGUUCAUCAUCAGAUGAUGAUCUCCAACCUAUAAGCUUUCCUAAUUUGACCAUAAUUUCUGUUAAAUAUUGCAAAAAGUUAAAACAUCUCUUUCCUCUUGGAUCUGCUCGUUGUCUUCCAAAACUUGAAGAGUUAAAAGUUGAAGGGAACUCUAAAUUGGAGCAAGUAUUUGAACUUGAAGAUGAAGCAGAAGCGACAACUGAAAAGGAGAUAAAGUUUGAUCAAUUAAGAGAAUUAUCACUUAAAGAACUGCCAAGCCUUGUUGACUUUUGUCCAAGGGGAUAUCACUUUGUCUUAUCGGCUUUGCAUUAUUUCAGUGUAAAAGGAUGUCCCAAGAUGACAACAGGUUUCUUCAUAGAUUCAAAGACAUAUGUGCAUGCCAAAACAGAGACACCGCAACUAGUUGAGCAAGACGCCAAGACCAUUCAAUGGGGCAGGAGCUUUUGGGGCUUUUGGGGUGAGCUACCACCUUACAGGGAAGAACUGUGAGAUGAUUGCAGGGGAAGUUGCAAAGGCAUGUUUAAACAUCAAUGAGUACGUUUGAGCCAUCAACUAAACACAGGUAAAUCAAAGGCUACUUUCCAUUUUC